GUUUGCUUUGGGAGAUUGUAAGAAGCCUGUGUAUGAGUCUGCAUCACUGAUUGAAGAUAUCGUCCACCAUCAGAUGACUAUUCUGCUGCAGAGGGCAGCAGACGUCUGUAUCCUGAGAGGGGCAAGGUUUACCAGCAUUGAAGACUUCAUUUUCUUAAUGAGAAAGGAUCACGAUAAACUGAGAAGAUUGUUCCAGUUCCUGAGCUUCAAAGAUAUGGGCACUAAGAUUAGCAGACAAAUCAGUAUUGAGGAGGAGGAGGAUAUAUCAGAUGAGCUAAAAGCAACACAGGCCAAAAGACGAAAGCUAUGUCAGGACAUCCUGUCCAGUAUUGACCACACAGGGGAGCUGUCUAUGUUGCUGGAAUCUGACGAGGUAGAUGCCAUCAAGCUUGAGAGACAGGACAGAGCUGAUCAGAAGGCUCGAGGAAUGGACUUGAAUUCUUACAAGGAGUAUGCAGAGGCUAGGAGAAUGAACUUCAUCAAGAAAGCGAGCAAGUUCAAGGAAUGGUUAGACAUAGGCAACCUGGAGCCUAAACCCAAUGCUUUUGCUAUGGAGAUUGUAGGCUUCCUGGCUCAUGAUACGGUAGCACAGAUUGUGGAUCUCUCUUUGCUAGUCCAGAGGGACAUGUUAGUUUCACCUUGUGACCCCAUCUCUAAAUCUAUGACCCCUAUCUAUUUCAGUAACCUUUCACCCUUAGCCACCCACCCCCACCAUGCCAAACUCAAGUCAGCCAACACCCCUCCCACCACUCCCUCACAGUCUCCUGUCCCUUCUUCCCCUAAGUCCCCCACAGACAAAAUGGUAUCACCCUUCCUCUCCUCCACCAAUGGCAAUGGCAAUGGAGGCAACCUGAGUGCUUCUAAUAAUAGCAACAACUCAGAUAGUUCAUCGCAGUCGCAGGGGGAGACGAAGGCUCCUCUAACACCAGGAGGGACUUCAAAGUCAAAAUCAAAGAAAAAGAAAAAGGAUCGUAGUUCAUCUCUAGCAGCCUUGAGUCAGUACCGUGCCAUCGAACCUCAUCAUAUCAUGGAAGCUAUAUAUUGUUCUAUUGUAUUAUUGUAUCUCACAGGAUCGUAGUUCAUCUCUAGCUGCCUUGAGUCAGUACCGUGCCAUUGAACCU